GACUGGAGAUGAUGGCAACUGUUCAUUUAGUGGUGAUGGGUGGUGUUUGCACACUUAUUAUAGCGCGUUUCUGCUUAGUAGAUUAAAUAGUGUAAGUUUUGUUGUGUGAAAUAGUGCCAAUAUCUUCGUUUCUGAUCUCAUAGUGAUUGAAUCUGCGAAAACUUCGCUCCUACGAACGUUUACGACAGAAGGGAGAUGCAGGUGAUUUUUGAUGUGUAAGCUGUGCCUGCGGAUCAUCGUGUGCAAUGGGCGGGCGUUUUCCACCGUUAUUUUAUGUUUCGGAUAGACAUCCACACGAGGGAUUCAGUAACAUUUUGCUGGAUGAAUUUCAAUAGAUUCCAUCAAUUCUGGAUCCGACAAGUUUUACGUGAACCUUGACAGACUAAUGACAUGUGACCCCAAUCUGACAUUUAGUAACUUUUCAGUACUUAAUCUGUUUCACACAUUGUAAGUGUUCAUUCAUUCUUGUGCACGGUGUUUUAAAUAAUUUGUCAGCUGUUGUUUUUUGUUUCCCAUUCGAAAUGUUUCGAAAAAUACUAUGGCCUUGUGUUUACAAAGAAACAUCUUGUUAAUGAGUGCUGCUAACCUGAAAAUGCACCAGAAAUGCAUGUUUGAACGUGUGGCUAUAUUAUAGUAUCAUCAUGUGCAAUAUAAGAAGAACAUUUGUGUGUUGUCAACUGUCACCGUAUUGUCUACAGUCAAAAUAUGGAUAUAAACAUGGUUUUAUUUACCCUGAACAAAUCUUCAAUCACGUAGCAACAUGUUAUAUUAAAGUUACAGAAUAAAAUGGAGUGACAGUCAACAAGAAUACUCAGUUAUACUCAUUACUUGGAACUGCAAGUUCAAUCUCUCACUCAUGAAGCGUUCCAGAGAUUUCAUGUAAAAAUUGUUUUUAUUUACAAUGAUGUCUGACAUAGUGGAAAACAACAGAUAUAUUGUCCAAGUGUUUGUGGGGCAGUUGUCACAGCACUAUGAGGCAUUAUCAGUUGAGGCAAGCAAACAAACAACAUCAGAAGAAAUUGUUUCGUGCAUUGUGGAAAGAUUAUCUUUAGCAGAUAGCCCCUCUGGAAAUUAUGAAUUGGCAGAGGUUAUUGGAGAUUCAACUGGUCAGGAAUGCAAGGAGAGAAGACUGGGACCUAAUGAAAGUCCUGUUGCUCUCAUGCUGUUAUGGCCAAAAGUGUGGCCAGAUAUUAAUAAGGAGCAGGAAUUAUAUAGAUUUUAUCUUAGAGAAAAACAAAAUGAAUCAGUUUGGACAGAUAGUUUAAUGGACCCACAACUUAUAAAGGACUAUUUUUACCGGUUUCUGUAUCAGCCAAAAGAUCGAGAAUAUCCAGAUUUAUGCCAACUUCCAGAUCUUAAUGAACAAACAUUAUUGGAUAAUCUGAGGGCACGAUUUAUGGGUGGUCACAUUUACACAUAUGUGGGAUCUAUUUUAAUUGCACUUAAUCCAUUCAAGUUCCAUCCGAUAUAUAAUCCCAAGUAUGUAAAGCUGUACCAGAACCGGAGAUUGGGUCCAGAGUUGCCACCUCAUAUUUUUGCGGUGGCGGAUGCUGCGUACCAUUGCAUGUUGAAAGAAAGGCGAAAUCAGUGUGUUGUUAUUUCCGGUGAAAGUGGUAGUGGGAAAACUGAGAGCACGAACUUUCUGCUCCAUCAUUUGACUGCUCUGAGUCAAAAAGGCAGUCAUGGGAGUGGAGUGGAACAGACGAUUUUGUCUGCUGGCCCUGUGCUUGAGGCUUUUGGGAAUGCCAAAACAGCUCAUAACAACAACUCAAGUAGGUUUGGAAAAUUCAUUCAAGUGAAUUACAAAGAGAAUGGAAUGGUCCAUGGGGCUGUUGUGCAGAAGUAUUUGUUAGAGAAAUCUCGAAUUUGUACUCAAGGCAGGCAUGAACGAAAUUACCAUGUAUUUUACUACCUUCUAGCAGGGGCUUCAGAGACAGAGAAACAAUUGCUUCAUUUGGGCAACAUAGAAGAUUACAAUUAUCUUAACAAGAGUGGCUCAUAUGCUCUGGACAAGAUAGAUGUGGAUGAGGCAUAUGAAUUCACAAGGCUCAAGCAAUCAAUGGAACUCGUUGGCUUUGGAACAGAAAAGCAACGUAGAUUAUUUGCUGUAUUAUCAGCAGUUCUUCUUCUGGGUAAUGUAGAAUUUCAGCCUAGGAAACAAGCUGCAUACAGACAUGAUGAGGCUGUUGGUGUAAGAGAUCCAGAACCUGUGCGACUGGUGUCAGAACUUCUGCGUGUGCGCCAGGAGACUCUCAUUAGUGCUCUGACUUCAAAACGUGCCAAAGCAUCUGGAGAGACAUUAAUUAUUAACUUCAGGUUGCCAGAGGCUAUUGCUGCGAGGGAUGCUAUGGCUAAGUGUCUAUAUGGAGCUUUGUUUGAUUGGAUCGUUCUUCAAGUGAAUCAUGCAUUGUUAUCAAAGAAGGAUACGUUACGAGAACAUCAAGGAAAUUCCAUUGGAGUUUUGGAUAUUUUUGGGUUUGAAGACUUUGGAGUUCAUAACAGCUUUGAACAGUUUUGCAUAAAUUAUGCAAAUGAACACUUACAAUACUAUUUUAAUCAACAUGUGUUCAAAUAUGAACAAGAAGAAUAUCGAAAAGAAUGUAUUAGAUGGACAAACAUAGAUUUUAUGGACAAUACCGCCUGUCUUCAGCUAAUAGAGGGAAAACCAAAUGGUUUAUUAUGUAUGCUUGAUGACCAAUGCAAUUUUCCUGGAGCUACUAAUGAAACAUUGCUUCAAAAAUUUAAUUCAGUUCAUAAGGAAAAUAGUUUCUAUGAAAUACCACAGCGUCGAGAAGCUGCAUUUAUAGUCAGACAUUAUGCUGGAAAAGUGAAAUACCAGGUGGCAGAAAUGAGAGAGAAGAAUUUAGAUUUAAUGAGGCAGGAUAUAGUGGGUGUACUGAAAAACAGUAGCAUGGCUUUUGUAAGGGAGCUUGUUGGUGCGGAUCCUGUUGCUGUUUUUCGUUGGGCUAUUGUUCGAGCCUUUUUCCGUGGUUAUUUUGCUUUUCAUGAAGCAGGGCGAAGGCACCGUCAAGGACGAGAGGGCAAUAAGCAAGGAACAGCACAGACCCGUUAUCGAAAUCACACUCCAAAUGAAUCUAUUAUUAGGAAAAAUAAAUCAUUCCGGCCACGGGAGCGAGGCAAGAAAGGGUUGAAAAACUUACAGACAGUGAAGACCCUUGUGGGUCGCACGCAGAGUCACUCCAGUGGGCAGCAGCCUGGCAAAGCACGAAAGCAGCCUCAAACCGUCACUGCACAGUUCCAGCAGUCACUGCACAGUCUCAUGGAUACCCUUAACCAAGCAAACCCUUUCUUCAUCCGCUGCAUCAAGAGCAAUGGGAAUAAGAUUCCAAAUAAAUUUGAUGAUGACACCGUACAGCGGCAGUUACGUUAUACUGGAAUGUUAGAAACUGUUAGAAUACGACAAGCAGGAUACAAUGUUCGUCUUACUUAUGAUGAAUUCAUCCAACUUUACAGAAUUCUUUUGCCUAAGGGACUUGUAAGUUCUCAGGCAGAUGUUCGUGAUUUUAUGGCUACAUUGAAUCUAAAUCGUGACAAUUAUCAAUUGGGGCAAACCAAAAUUUUCUUGCGUGAAUCUGAAAAAGUUAAACUUGAUUUCCGUUUACAUCAACAAAUUAUGUCCAGCAUAGUUACUAUUCAAAGAUGGUGUCGCUCAGUCUUAGAGCGGCGGCGAUUUUUACGGAUACGAGAGGCUGUUAUUGUAAUACAGGCUAACUGGCGUAUGGUUCAUGCCCAGCGUUUACUGGCAAACAUGCGCAGACAGAUAGAUGCUGCUAUUCGCAUCCAGACUAGUUGGAGAUGCCACUUCCAACAUCUUUGGUUUAAAAAAUUGCGUGGUGGCAUCAUUGUUAUUCAGGCCCAUGUGCGAGGAAAAUUAGCCCGUGAGAAGUAUCUGGAACUGAAAGAAAAAAGAAGAAAAGAACUUGAGGCCCAGAUGCUAUUAGAAGCCAGUCUGUUGUCCCAAAAGUUACAAGAAGAGGAGCAAAAAAUAGCAGAAUCGGUUGAACUGCCUCAAAUUGAGUGUGCACGUGUACAACCUGUUGUUCCGAAGCCUAAAUCCAUUGGAGCAAAAGAGAACACUCUUCCUUCAUAUCAAGAUGAGAAAGAAAUCCCAGUGCCCAGUAUUUUACUUGUAACUGAUCACAAAGGUAGUAGUGAUUCUUUGACAUCACAAAAGAGUUAUGAAUCUCAGCGCAGUAGUGAUUCGCAGUCCAGUGCCCCUGUUCGUGAAACAUUGCAUAAAAUACGCACAUUUAUUGGAGUUGCAAAAAAGUCGGAGAAUACUGCUGCCCCCCUGGCGUAUAGUGAUGGUGAGCUGGAAGACUCAAAUUUAUCUACUCCUAGGACUUCAGCUUCUGAUGUUUCUGUUCAUCCCAUCAGUCAGUUUAUUGCCUCUGAAAUUACGAAGUUGGAUCGUAGCAAAGUUGAACUGAGAAAUCCUCAUGUUCCUAUGAAUUCUGUGACAAGCAAUUUACGACCACCUGCUUAUCAGCUUUCUUAUAACCAUGAACAAAUCCAUUCUCCAGAAACUACAGUGCCACCACCUCACAAACCACUGAAGAGAGAACCUAGAGUAUCGCAAUCUCCAAAUGUACUGUUGCCAGAGCAGAGAUCUCGCGUUCCAUUAAAGCCAAGCAUCAGUCAUGAUGAGCAACUUGUGGGAAGGCCAAGGACUAUGGAAAUUGAAGCACCAGUGCGUAGUGCUCGAAGACACAGAGUCCCACGAGACAUUGUGUGUCGUAGUGUAGGUGAGGAAAUGACUGACAGUUUGACUGGCUCGCCUUACCCUGGCAUCUUGGGUACAAUUCGGGAGACCAAGACAACAAUGGACAGCAACAGGGCUGCAGAUGCUCGUACUUUGUGGAUUGCAGGGAAAGAUCACAAAACGAGCGAUGGAGGUAGUGAGAGUUCUUUGGGAAGCCGCUACUCAUCUCAGGAGUCAGAGUGCUCCCCCAACUAUCAAAUGGAAAAUGUGUACCAAAAAUCUGGUAUUCCCAUACAUGGUGUUUCUACAAAGAGAAAUAGAAGUGGUGCAAUAACGUCAUUAAAUGUGAAGAGACGUAAUAGUGAUCCUGCUACUAAAAGUGCUUUCAUUGCCACUGAUCCUGUGGGUACUGAUUCUCCUAACAAACCAUCAGAUGUUCUCCAAUGGAAGAGUCCACAUGAAUUUACCAUUGCUGGACAUAUAUUCAAGAAAGUUACAAGGAUUCCAAAAGAAGAUCGCUGUAAUUAUUGUAGAAACUCAGUAGAUGCUUUUGUUGAACAAGGACACAAAUGUGCAGAAUGCAAAGUUUUAUUCCACACAAAAUGCAUUCAAAAUGGUGGUGUUGUUCAGAUGCCUUGUACCCUACAGGUACAGGGUGGUGGAAAACCAGGAAGAAGGAAAAAUCGUAAACAUUCCCGUACACCUUAUGAUAUGAAUAAAUUAACUGGGAAAUUCAAUUUAACUGGAACUUCUGAAUUUACUGACAGUACAGAUAAAAUAAUUUCUGAUGCCAGCGAACUGCAACAAAUGCAGGAUUUCAUCACGCAGAAGAUUUACAAGAUAGAAAGUGAAGAAAUACAAAAAGGCAAUAAAUCUAGUGAGGUAGACAGAGUUUUCAAGCAAGCAUUGAAAGAAUUUAAAGACAAUCUUGUUUCAACAUAUAGUGUAAUCAACAAACAAGGUGAAACAUUUAACAUCAAGUACAAAGAUCUCAUUGCAAAUUUUCUUCAUGUGAUGGAGACAGUUUGUAAUCAAGAACAGAUGAAAGAGGCAUUUCCUGUUACAAUGGGUGUAAAUGCUUUCCGAGGUUUUAUGAAUGAAUUUAUGAGUUUGAAUCGUGUAGAAGAGAAGCCAAAAACAAAGAGGAAGAAAGAGAAAAAGCGGAAAGUGGAAGAUCCAAUUGUUCACAUGGGACAUAUGUUCCUGUUUUCAAUGAUAAAUAUUCCAACUGCAUGUGAAGUUUGUUCUUCAUUCUUCAUGUGGCCAAUAGAGAAGAGUCUUAUUUGCCAAAAUUGCAAAUUAACUUGUCAUAAAAAAUGUUACCAAAAAGUGGGAAACACUUGUGGAAAAGACAGUGGAGCCAUUAAUCAGGGAGGACCUCGUGUGUUUGGUGUCCCUUUGCAUCAGAUGGUAGUGGGUGAUGGAAAAGUGCCAGUAGUGGUUGAUAGACUUAUUACAACUAUUGAAAUGUAUGGACUUUACACUGAAGGAAUUUAUAGGAAAUCAGGGGUGAAUUCGAAGAUCCGGGAACUAAAGACACGCAUUGAAGAAGAAAAUACUGAUGAUGUUAAUUUUGAAAAUUACCAAGUUCAUGUUUUAGCUGCAGUUCUGAAAAGCUUCUUUCGUGAGAUGCCUGAGCCUCUACUUACAUUUGAUAGUUAUGAGGACUUUCUUAGAGCUGCCAACUUAUCAGAUGCUCAGGAUCGUAUUUCCACUCUGUUUGCCAUUUUAAAAAAAUUGCCAAAACCUAAUUUUGACCUGAUGGAGAGGUUAAUUUUUCAUUUAGCAAGAGUGGCUCUUCAUGAAGAAGCAAAUCGAAUGAAUGCGAGUGCAUUAGCCAUUGUGUUUGCACCUUGCAUAUUGCGAACUAACAAGAUUCUCCCUGCUCAAGAUUCUUUGCAAGAUAUUGGUCGGCAGACUCAGUGUAUAGAAACUAUUAUUUCUGAGAAGUUACGGAAAGUUAAAGCUACGCUUGCUGAUAUAGAUUCGUUGGAUACUGCUUGUCAUACUGCGAACCAUAGAUUAUCCUCUUUGCGAAGCUCUAAGAUUUUCAAUCCUGAAGAAUUUGCACCAGCUGAAAUGACAACUAAUGAUGCCAAGCCUUCUCUCAAUGCCGAUGAAGAAGAAGCAAUGUUAGUUGGCACAAUUCAAGAAAUGCAGAAGGAAAAAGCAUUGCUGACAUCUGCUCUCCCAAGUUUGACAAGGACUACAUCAGAUGAUGAUUUGUUAUCCACUGAUAUGGAUGAUGGAAGUUUAGAUGAUGUUACUGGGCAUAUAGAUGAAGUGGAUAAUGAAGGUCAUACUCCAUGUCAGUCUUUGUUACCACCUACCCGUAGAAAUCGUGCUAUAACAAGGACUGGUGUAUUGCGAACAGUUUCUGGUGGUGAUGAAGAUCAACAUCGCAGUGUGAUUGGAAAAACGCGUUUGAAACGGCAAUCUUCUUCUGAUACAAGUGUUGUGUCGCUGUACCCACCCAUAGACUGUGAUGAAGAUCCUAUAAUGGUGUGAUAUCAUAAGGAUGCUUUUAUGUUUGGAACCAAUCUUUCGAUAAGUGUGCUGUCAUGUAAUAUUAUAUUAUUUUCAGGAUUUAUAAAUAUAUAUUAUAUAUAUUUUUUACUGUUACCUUCCACAUUCCAUAUAACUUCAAAAUGUGGAUUAACAUUGUAAUUUAUGUACUGACUGUUCUCGUACAUUCAAGUUUAAUAAUUAGGUUCUGGAAGUUCGUGAUUGGAGUUCAUCAACACAUUUUUCUCUGUGAUUAUUUUUAAGUGUUUGAUAGAUAUAGGUGUUGCUGAUUCCAAUGUGAGAAUCUUCGUUGAUAUUACUUAGACCGUGUACAUAAGAAGUACGUAUGUGUGAAAAUUUGUGUGAAUGUGUGUUAAGUGUGAUGUGCAGAAUGCUGUCUGUUCUUUUUAUUGUUUUGUUGCAAUCUUAUCCUUUAUAAGAUUACUCGAAAUUUUCUAUAAACUUGUGAUUUGAAACUGUAAGUCCAUAAAUUCUAGAUUUCAUUUUUAUUGAAAAUACUUUAUACCGUGUCAUAGCUGAGAAAUUGUGGUGUUAUAUUACAUUAGUCAUAUUAAGCUUUAAAAGUUAAAAAUUUCAUUUAGAAAAUCAGUGCUUUACCAUUUACAAUUAUUGUUAACAUUUCCAAAGAUUAUAUCUGUAUUAUAAAGUAAACUGUUCUUAGGCUUUGUGUGUGUUCAAAAGUCUUUAUGGUUGUCUUGUUAUAGAAUUGCGCACACAAACAAAGGAGAACAAGUUUUGUUGCAGGUUGGAAUUUUACAAGUUUUUUGCUAACGACAGUUACAUCAGUCGUAUUUCUUGUUAUUGCAAAGUUCUCUUUCAGGAAAGAUGAUUUUAAAGCCUUUAUGUCAAAGGAGCAUUUAAUAGUUUGUUAUUAGCUUUCUCUAUAUGAUUUAUUUUGGUUAUAGAAGUGUUAUUGAUAUGUUAAUGUAUUGUUGUAGACCAUGUCGUUUCAGAUGACUGUCUAUAUUAUUGCAUUUAUGUGUUCUGAACUAUUUUGCUGUAAUGGCAUAAGAUAAUAGCGCAAGUUGUUUGUUACAUGUUACUUCAGAUCAUAGUCAAUUAGUUCUUUAAACAAGACUUGUCGAUACCUCGUUAAACUGAAAUACUUUUCAGUGAACCAUGACAAAAUACUUAUUAGUCUGAGAUAAUAUAAAUUUCUUAUUGAAUUACUAUGCUUUUUAUAAUAUGCAUUUUGCAUUAUUAUUCUGAAUAGCAUUGAGAUUUUUGAUAGCUGUAUAUGUACUUGAAAUUACCAUUUGGACAUCUUAUAGAAAAUAAUACAGGCUAUGAGCAAUAUUUUCAUAAUGCAAAAUUGUAAUCCUUCAGAUUUAUAUUUUUCAUAAUAUGAAGAUCUAUUUUAAAAGUUGUGUUAUCAAGGGAUAAGAUAUAUAAGUAACCUUUCAUAGAUUUAUGUACUGAUUAUCAGUGUUGGCAAUUGCUAAAUUAUAUUUGACUGUGGUAGAAGAAUUACUACUGGUGUCAUAGUGUUUGUGUGCUCUGUUAGUGGCACUGUGAUCUUCCUUCCCUGUACAUUUACAGCUGAAAUUGAUGUUAUUUGUAAUUUGAAGUUCAAUUGCUCUUGAGGUGAUAGACUGUAUGCCAAAUGAGAAUUAAAGAAUAUGAGUGGAGAAAUACUCGGAAACAGGCUGCAACAUCAUUGACACUGCAUCAAAUAACUUUCAAUGUUAACUAUUAUUUGUAUUAUGUGCUGUGUACUGCUACUUGAUAACUACAUAUUUUGCUUAUCUAAGAUAGUAUUUAUAUCAGUGUACAAAAUGCUGAUGUGCAAGUAAUGUUGUAAUUACUUGGAUUGAAUUUUCACUCCAUACUCAAUGUUGCGUGUAUACAGUGACAUAAAUUUUCUGUGUUUUGUGAAAAUGCAUAUUGAAUCCAAGGAUUCUUCAGAAGUCAUUUCAAAGGAGUAAUAAAUUAUAAUCACCUUCCAUUUUAAUGUUACAUCGUUUUCAAGAAAAGGUUGUAGCUGUUGUGUAUUCUGUUUAUAUGUAAUGUAUGAAUGACUUUGUGUGCUUGUGAAUGUCGAUAUCUCUCUUACUUUUGAAGAUGGCAGAGGUGGAUCUAGGAAGGUGACUACAAUGAGAUGAUUGCAUUUCAUUUUUGUCCAGAAUAGUGGAGUACAAAAUUCAUUCCAAUUGUAAAAAAUAGAUUCUGUGAAUAGUGUAUUAAUGUUAUUAAAUGUUAUAAGUUCAAGAAAAUGUGUGAUGCAUGAAAUUGUGCCUUUCUGGAUCCUCCUGUUCAAAGAAUAUGUGAAGUUCCAGAAAACAACUGUGUUUAAGGCUGCAUUUUGGACAUUCAUAUUUAAUACAAUAAAUAAGGGGUUGAAUGGUUUCAUAUAUAAGUGUUCUAUGUGUUUCAAGUGAACGGAUAGUGUUAUUCCAGAAAAGUGUUUCUUAUCAACGUAUAUCUGCCAAAUUUUUAUUAGUAUGUAAUAUAGUUAUUUAUUUGUUGUUUAAUUAAGUGUAAUGGUCUGAUAUGAAUCCUAAAGUUUACCUCAGUCAGCCAUGCAGUGAAUUGUCAGAUCCCGAUGUGCAUAUUAUAUGUUUGUACAUAAUUGUUUGAAUGUGCACUUCUGUGUGUUUCUAUAUAUGUGCAAUGCACAUGGCAUAAAUGAUCUGUUGUGGAUGUAGGAAAAUGGUUUCAAUAAAAAUUAUGUGUUUAACAAGUGAAUAAGUGACAUAAACAAGCCAAUGUCCUCUUUCUUUUCAACUUUCCAAUAUACUUUAAUGAUGAGUAGAGCCCGGAAGUUCAGGCUUUUAUUUUACCUAAAAUAAGUAGGCUAAAAGACAUUUUUUAAAAUUAAAAUAGGCGAGAAAAAAGGCAUUUAUUCUAGUUAAAGUAGGGUGCAAAAUAAGCAGAUGGACAGUAAAAAAUCACAUUUAAAAGGAGUUUUGGUAACAAAUAACAAAUUAAAAGUAUUCACACUUUUAUUCUAAUUCAAAAAUUCACAUUAGCAUUUAACAUGUAAG